AAAGUGUGAAAAUAAUGGGGCCAUAUUUUCAAUUUCAGUCAAUCACCCAUCAGUGUGUGAUGGGUAAGCUAACACUGUUGUAGGGAUUAAUUAAGAAUUGUUUUCUCUUUCCCCUCCGCACCUCAUCGCUGAUAAGCCACCACAGUACAACAAUGUCCAUAAACUCAUACUCCGCAUCCACUCGUACCCCCACCAUCAAACAAGCUUCACCGUCCUUGAUCUCUCGCGUUCGAUCCUAUUAUGAUAUACGCCGCCCAUGGCGCGUGUUUUUCGAAAUCUCCGCAUUUUCUCUACCUUCCGGCUGGGCCGAGGCCAUGUCCCGAAUCCGCCGCAAUCUCAACCAUUUCCGCUUCAAUUACGCUAUUAUCGUCCUCUUCAUCCUCUUUUGCAGUCUAAUCUACCACCCCAUUUCGAUGAUUGUAUUCUUGAUCACCUUCGUUGCUUGGUUUGUCCUCUACUUCUUUCGCGACGACCCACUUGUCGUAUUCAACAGAGUUGUUGAUGAUCGGGUAGUUUUGGUGGUUUUGAGCCUGAUUACUGUAGUUGCACUAGUGUAUACUCAUGUGGGUUUGAAUGUGCUUGUGGCAUUAAUCAUUGGGUUUGUUGUGAUCAGUGUUCAUGCGGCUUUUAGGGGUUAUGAGGACUUGUUCUUGGACGAAAGUGAGGCAGCCGAAAAUGGAUUGCUCUCAGUUGUUGGCGGGGAGCAGCCGUAUCGCCCAAUUUAGAGUUUUGGAGCUGAUUCUUUCGAUCUUAUGGGAAAAUGAGUUGCUUCUUUUAGUUUUGUAUCUAUUGUGGAAUUGAGUUGAAGUUUCAUUGUUGAUGCUGGGGAUUGCAAUUUAACCUUUUUUUUUCCAAAAUUCCGAAGUUAAGUGGUUGCUUAUGAUUGAGUUAGGGAAGCUGAAAUCAUCAUUCAGAGAAUUUUGCAUCUCUAACUCAGCAUUGUAGUCUUGUGGAGUAAUUUCUAGUUUGAGGUUGUGUUGCUGAGAAGAAGUUGCAAGCAUUAGUGGAAGUUAUAGAGCAAACUUCAUAGCUAGAAGAUUGUGGUCGACGUGAAUAAGUGAAUUGUUGAUCUCUUCUUAAAUUUUAAUUCGAUGAUGUUUGCUUUGUUCAAUUCUUACAGCUGCAUGUGUAGUUUGAUUUAUGUUAAGCAGAUAUCUAAAAUGUUGCUAGUUUUUGCUCUAUUCGAAUUUGAAUCGAAGUUAUACUUGAUUUUUUAGUGUUUUUUUUCUUGUAGUUGUGUGUACGAUAUUAGCAAAUUGUUAAGAGUUUGGUGGCAAUUAUUGGGCUAAUGGAACUUCAUUUCUAAA